AUCGCCGUAGAAAUAACGAUCAUAAGAAAAAAAUGUCAACUUUAUGUACAAGAUAUAAAUCUAACAUGUUUACUGCAGGUGACAAUUCUUAGAAAUGAAAUUGAUUAUGGAAUACAAUUAGAUUAUGAAUUAGAGACAAAACUCGAAUGGUUUAACAAAAUAAGAAGCAAUUUUGCUGAUAAGCUCAAAUCAUUGUGGAGCUUAGCAGAAAUACAUUGUCCAGUAAAUGAUGAAAUUAAAAAAUUUGCAAAUCAUAUUUCUAAUUUAUGGACGAUCAUGAAUCAACAGAUUUGCAAACAAUAUUCUAAAAUUCAAAUCAUAAGUCACACACUACCAAAUAUUUCAUUGUCUUCUCUUCUUGAUAAAAUUAGAAAAGAAGCCAUUAUGGUAAAGACAAAAUUACAGACUAAUGAACUGAUGUGUAAUUUAAAUGAUGUAAUAAUGGGAUAUAACUUGUUUAAUGAAAUUGUAGAAUUAUUAAAUAAUCUUGAAAGAUAUGAUAGUAAGGUGCAACAAUAUUUAAUAAUGUCAAAAAUGGUCCCGUAUAUUCUUAAAUUAGAAUCAACAAUUGACAAAUUUGUAUCAAGUACUGCAUUAUUACCAAAAAAUCAAUUAGUUUCCUCAGAACUUAAUGUUUUUUUAUUUGUAUCCAAACUAUUGACUGGUGAACUUAUGGGUAAUGAAAUUAUAAACCCAUAUUAUAUAUUAGCAGAAAAUAUAAUAAAAAAGCCAGUUUUUAUAAUAAAAAGUAAUAAACGAAAGAUCGAUGUACCAGUUUUAUCCACGGUUAAAUUGUUAAAAAGUACUAUAUAAUCUGUAAUUUUUAAUAUUAUUCGAAAGUUGAGUUAAAAAUUUAAUAAUGAGUUUUUUUUAUAAAAUAAAAAAUAUUAAUUUCGUUAUAUUAAAAUGAAGAAUAACAAUUUUUGAACUCUUCUUUAAGAUUAUAUAUUUGGCAACAUAUUAAAUAUACAGCUGGAUAAGCCAAUAGCCUUUUUUGAAAUAAAAAUAUCUAUGUCCUAUAGAUAUUACGAAGAAUAUAUGCAAUUUAAUAGUUUACACUUUAUAAACAUAUGAAAACUAGUAUAAUAUCAGUAAUAAUGCAUGAUAAUAAUUGUAAAUACACUUUAAAAUGUGAUGAAACUGUAUUGUUACAGUUUUUAUCUCAAAAAUAGUCAUUAACAAUAAUUUAAAUUUAAUAUUGUAUUUCGAGAAAUAUA